AUGAAAGAUGUUUCUGGGAAAAAAGAUUUUAACCGGUCUUCUUAUGUUCCGAAUUCUGGGGCUGAUUUCAAAAUCAGUUCAAACUUUGAUAAAAUCUUCCAUUAUGAGAAAAAUCGAGAGCUUGUGAAUCUUUUUUCUAAUAACAAAUUUUAUGUUCUUAAAGACUUAGAAAAUGAGAAUCAAUUUAUUUUCUCUAAAGGAGGUGUUGUUGAAGUUGAUUUAGAUUAUUUGGACACUGUGGAUCAAAUGGAAGUCAUAAGUAGUAUCCCGGGUUUGGAUACUAACAUGGGGAAUAUUAUCAAUGAAGAUUAA